CGCCGUCCCCUGGUUGCUGUAGUUAGGAGUCGUGAUGGGGUUACGCUCGGUUUAAACCCUUGGCCCGCGGUGGGCUGAAGGCCGUGGGUUGGGAGUCUAGUGACUGCUGUGGCCCGGGCGAGCGCGGAGCAGCUUCUGGGACAGUACAGGCGAACCCUGGCCGUGUGCUUCUCUUGUGCCGGCGUCGCUCCGCCUCUAAGAUAGGACCCGCCCCCGCCCUCGGUGCCUGGGACCCGGUGGGCGCUUCUGCCAGGCUGCCCCGCGUCCGGCAUCCGGUUUCGGACAGCUGGGAGGAGCGACUUCGGGGACAGUUCUCUCCCUGUCGUUUACUGCCCCCGCCAAGGUCUUCGCGACCCUCUUCUGGCUGACGUCGAGCAACCCGUUCUGAACAUGGAGAAGUUUGGUAUGAAUUUCGGGGGCGGACCGAGCAAGAAGGACCUGCUAGAGACCAUUGAGAUGCAGAAGAAGCAGCUCCUCCAGUACCAGGCACGUCUUAAGGAUGUGGUCCGCGCCUAUAAAAGCCUCCUGAAAGAGAAGGAGGCUCUAGAGGCCAGCAUUAAGGUGCUGUCCGUAUCCCACGAGGCGGAUGUGGGCCUCACAGAUGUCCAGCCUCCAGGCCUCUCUUUUCCUGACUCUGUGGAUGACCGAUGCUCCACUCACAGCGAGGAUAGCACUGGGACCGCCACCAGCUUGGAUACUGCGGCCAGUCUCACCAGCACCAAGGGUGAGUUUGGGGUAGAGGAUGACAGGCUGGCUCGUGGACCACCACCUCCAAAGUCCGAAGAAGCCAGCGGGUCGGAGAGUGGUGUUAGCAGUAGCAGUGGGGAUGGACCCUCUGGGGGUGGGGAAGUGGACAAACGACUGCACCAGCUGAAGACUCAGUUGGCUACUUUGACCAGCUCUUUGGCUACAGUCACCCAGGAGAAGUCUCGCAUGGAAGCUUCUUACCUGGCUGACAAGAAGAAGAUGAAACAGGACUUAGAGGAUACCAGUAAAAAGGCAGAGGAGGAGAGGGGCCGUCUGGAGGGAGAAUUGAAGGGGCUGCAGGAGCAGAUAGCAGAAACCAAAGCCCGACUUAUCACCCAGCAGCAUGAUCGGGCCCAAGAGCAGACUGACCAUGCCUUGAUGCUUCGUGAGCUCCAGAAACUGCUGCAGGAGGAGAGGACCCAGCGCCAGGACUUGGAACUUCGGCUGGAAGAGACCCGAGAAGCCCUGGCAGGACGGGCAUAUGCAGCUGGUCAGAUGGAAGGGUUUGAGCUGCAGACCAAGCAGCUAACCCGUGAGGUGGAGGACUUGAAAGGUGAGCUGCAGGCUCUUCGGGAUGAGAAGAAUCGGCCCGACCCUCGGCUGCAGGAGCUUCAGGAAGAGGCUGCCUGCCUGAAGAGCCAUUUCCAGGCUCAGUUGCAGCAGGAAAUGAGGAAGACAGCCCUGGCAGAAGAUCAGCUACGCCAGCAGUCUCAGGUGGAAGAGCAGAGGGUGGCGGCCCUGGAGAAUCAAAUAUCUCAGGUGUCCGAACUGCUGGGCACCUAUGAGAAAGCCAAGCAGAAGGACCAGCUGGCCAUCCAGAAGCUGAAGGAGCGCAUCGUGCAGCUGGACCUGGAGAACAAGACGCUGGCGUUGGCCGCCUCCAGCCGCUCCCCCCUAGACAGCCAUGGCGACGAGUCCAGUCUGGAUGUCAAUGUCCUGAAGGAUAAGAUGGAGAAGCUGAAGAGGCUGCUGCAGGUGGCAGCCAGGAAAAGCCAGGUGAGCCUGGAUGUGGAGAGGCUCUGUGACCUGGAGCUACUGGCCAGCUCGGAGGCUGCCGACGGGGAGAAGGCUUCUGCGCUCUACUACCAGCAGGAGCUGAAACAGCUGAAGGAGGAGUUUGAGAGGUACAAGAUGAGGGCCCAGGUGGUCCUCAAGAGCAAGAACACCAAGGACGGUAACCUGGCCAAGGAGCUGGAGGAGGCCCAGGAGCAGCUCGCGGAACUGAAGGAGAAGUACAUCUCCCUGCGGCUGUGCUGCGAGGAGCUCGAGCGCCGGCACCAGCAGGAGGCCGAGGGCUGGAAGCAGGAGCUGGCCCGGCUGCAGCACGCGCACCGGCAGGAGCUGGAGAGGAGCCAGCUGGACUCCAGGGACCACACGCUGAGACUGGAAGAGGAGCUGCACAAGCAGCGGGACCGGGCCCUGGCUGUGCUGGCCGAGAAGGAUUUGGAGCUGGAGCAGCUGCGUUCCGUGGCCUUGUCGUCCGGUCUGCCGGGGCGCAGGAGCCCUGUGGGCGGCGGGGGGCCUGGGGCCCCGGCCGACUCGUGCGCCCCAGACAGCCUGACCCAAGCGCUGCAGCUGGCUGCGUCCAGCGAGCCCACUUUCUUCCUGUACGCCGAGCAGCUGGCCCGCAAGGAGGUGGAGAUCACUUCGCUGCGGAAGCAGAGACACACGCUGGAGGUGGAGGUGCAUCAGCUGCAGGACCGGUUGCUGGAGGAGGGCGAGCGGCAUCGCGAGCAGGUUGGAGCCCUGCAGAGCCACAUUGAGAAGAACAUCAGGGACCAGAGUAGGGAGGGAGCCAACCUGGAGUACCUCAAAAACAUCAUCUACCGCUUCCUGACCUUGCCUGACACCCUGGGCCGCCAGCAGACGCUCACGGCCAUCCUGACCAUCUUGCAUUUCAGUCCUGAGGAGAAACAAGUGAUCAUGCGGCUCCCGACCAGCGGUAGCUGGUGGCCUUCUGGCAAGAGAUGAUGCCCUUGUCACUGACUGCCGAAAUCUCCGUGCCUCUUGUGUGGGAAGGACAGACUCUGGUUUCUGCUGCCCUUCUCUUACAUUAUCAUUUUUUUUCUUCACUGUGUUGAACUGGGAGAGUCUUUAACGUGGGAUGGGGUUUUCUG